UUGCAAAACAAUGCGCAUCUUCCCAUACUACAGUGACAACAAUUAUGAAACGGCUAUAGCGGCUUUACAGUAAUAUUUACUGAUUGGCGUGUUCUGUUGUGAAUCCAUAACUAUAUUUUUAUUAGUGGCCACGCAUACGAAAUGAAUCGAAAAUCCAAGGGCAAAAAAGCCAAUGUGGCAACAAGCUCAGAAACAGCUCCUCGGAUGGCAGAAGGAGCAUGCCAGGAGAACACAUCACAAGCAGAAGGAGCCUUGCUAUCAAAUCUUGAUAUUCAACAGAUGUGUCGCAGUGUUCUAGAACAGCAAAAGCAACAAGAACUGAUGUAUCAAGAUCUGAAACUGAUCUUUCAAGAAUUGAUACAGCAGAAACUGGAGCGUCAAGAGUUCCUGCAACGACAAGAAGCUGCGAUUUCUGAAAUGUACAGAAACCUGGAAGUGCUAUUAGAGUCUGCAGUGCUGCAUAUUAAAGAUGAGAUGAUGGAGAUGCAGUGCGGCAUUAUCGAGAAGGUUGAGAGCAGCAGAAGCUACAUCAGAGAUGCUAAAGAUCUGAAGGAAGCGAUGCUGAACAAGAUUGAAGAGGAGAAGAGCUACCUCAAAGGGAAGAUCCGGGAUGUUCAGAAGGAGCUCAUGAGUAAAAUUAUUGACAUGGCGCCGGGCAGUGACGAUGGGGGGCGGAAGUCGCUGGGCAAACAGAAGGCUCACAAGUCAAGGCUGUCUUGGUUUUCAAAGCGCGGGGAUUAUAGGCGUGGGGCUGAGUAUGAACAAAGCGAGGAGCCGUCGUUGGGGCAGAAGAUCUCGGACUCUCGAAAUGAUCUUCCUGGAGAUGUAGGUCAGAACAGUCUGACAAAACUGGAUGAAACAUGCCAGGAAUCUUAUCACAAUGACGCUGAGCCGUCACAAAAUAGUUCCACUGACUAUGAGUUAAACACUAACGACCAUACAGGAAAUACUGAUCUCAAAGAUGAACCGAAUGAAAAAAAUGCUUGCCAGUCUGUAUCUUCUAGUAAAGACAUUGACGAUAACUCAGAUGUUCAAAGCGUAAACGAUUUGAACGAUGAAGGAACGCCUCAAGAGCAGAUAAGUCAGUUUGACUCUCGGCAACAUUCUUCCAGGUCGACAGAGUCACUGUCCUUAGUGGAAACACUUAGAGGCAUGUUGAAAGAUUCAGGUCAGCAGAUGCAGCAGGAAAUCGUUGAUUCUCUAGACGACAAGCUUGAGAAGGUUGUGAAAUCCUUGGAUGCUUCGCUGACUGCCGUCAAGCAUGAGCUGUUUGAGGUGGUAGAGAAAGAGGCGCAACUCGUGCGAGACAAAAUGGCGCACAAGUCUGCACCGAGGUCUUUCUACGUCUGCGACUUUUACGUCAAGUACGUCCGCGACAUGGUCAAAAACGGGGACAGUCAGAUAGGUCCGCCUUGGCAUAUCGACCACCUGGGCUCCUGCGUCAAAGGUUACGUGGAGACCGUCGGGAACGGGGACAUGUAUGUCACUCUAAUGUACGGGAGAAACCCUACAGGAGUCGGCAUGCUCCCGCGCUCGGGAGUGAAACUAAAGGUCAAGGCUACGAUCAAGGACGUCAUGGGCGAUCUCCCGGAAGUUCUUGUUGGCGAGGUCGUCUGGAACUGUGACGAGAACGGAAUCAAAGACAACCGGAUAUGGGGCAAAAAGAUAGGCGUGGUCUCGGGCAGAAAUCUUCUGUACAAAGGCUACGGAGAUAAAGAAGGCUACGGCCACUGUGCAAUGCUGAUUCGAUAUGAAAUUAUCGUCUGCUAGCAAAAAGGGAAACAAUGUUCUCAUUCUGGGUUGUAACGGUUGAAUGCACAAUUAAUAAUGUAUAUUCACAGAACAUGGACUUACACACUUAUAACAAGGAAUCAGCAACAGGAAAGGCCAGGAAGCUUUCAGAUACUUUGUUCUUCUGUCUAAUGAAAGGAAAAAGUUUUGAGAAACUCUUAUAUUAUUUCGUGUGCCCCUCAAAGAGCGGUGCGCUCAAUGGACACGUGUCUCCCUCAAAACCUACGGUCUGCGGGCUUUUUCUGUGCACGGACCAAUGGUUUGGAACUCCCCAUGGAUCUCAGACAGACAACAUGCCAUACUACAUUCAAGAAGAACCUUAAGGCCUAUCUAUUUUAAACAUUUU